UCUAUAUAGCUGGAUCAUGUAGAGCUGCUAUAUAGAUCGAUACGAUACAUGUUUCUUCUUUUCAUGUGGGCGAUCUCAUCUCCGCAAUGCGCGUGUGGUUUGCUGCCUGUCGGCACAGAUUCGCUGGCGAGGAAUGGGCUCCUGCAAAAGAAUCCGGAUGAAAAACAACCCAAGAUGGAGAGAACAGGAGUCCUUAUGAGUGGAGGCCGAAGAACACACUCUCUUAAAAGGUCUGUUCAGUUGUAAAUGUGGGUGGUCUCAAGUUGGAGGAGCACGGCCAGGCCUGCACUGCUCGUGGGUUCUCGCUGGAUCGACUCUGCCCUUUAUCUUUCGCUCGUAAGAAGAUUUUUUGACCUUGACGUACAAUCCAUCAGCCAUCAAUCACCCAACAGGGUCAGCAAGUUGUAGAGGAAUCCAGCCAUCCAUGUCCAGUUUUUUUUCCUUUGCUUUUCCCUUUUCUUCGUUUUCACCCGGUCAGUGAUCACACAUCGUCUCCUUCUCCUGGUAACAACACCCAGUGUGAUACCACAGGGCGAAGGUCUUUUGCCUGUAUGAUUGAGCAGCAUGGUACAAAAGGAAUUGAUGAGAGGGCUGGCCUACAGCACCUUUCAGUGCUUCAUGAAAUCUGACGCUGCUCCAACUUUGUUCACCACCACCACCACCACCACCACAAGAUCACUGCUAGCGCAUUUCCCGGGUCUCGUCUCGCUUCAUACAAACACCCAACAUCAGAGGCUCCAACAUUCUCCGAAGAAAACAAAGGAGGAUAGAAGAAAGGAGAGAGAGAGAAGUGACAAAGAGGGGAGAGCUCUCCAGCGCGCCUCGAGAUAGAGUCCCAAGAGAUCAUCUGACUUGACUUUCCAAAAGCGUGAAGCAAGGAAAGCGUAGAAAAAAGAAGUAGAAGAUAGCGAACAAAGAGAAGAGUUUGUGAGCAAAGAUUGUUCAGAGCGAUGACUACUCCCAGUGAAGAUCUCAUCAAGGAGCCUUUGCUGCUCAAAUCGAGCCGAGAAUGCCCUGGUUGCAAAUGCAUGCCGCACGAGGAGGACGGGCCGCCGAUCAAGUAUCUGGUUCUCAUCGGAUUCAUCAUGCUUUGCAAUGCUUUGCCAAUCACCAUCUUGUUCCCUUAUCUCUAUCUGCUGGUCCGGGACUUUAAUGUCGCAGACUCGGAGAGCGACAUCGGCUACUACGCAGGAUUCAUUGGCUCAUCCUUCAUGAUUGGGAGAUUUUUCACCGGCUUGCUGUGGGGAGUGGCAGCGGAUCGAUAUGGUCGCAAGCCCGUCAUGUUCUGCGGAAUCAUCUCAGUGAUCAUCUUCAACACGCUCUUCGGCUUUAGCACCUCGCUCUGGAUGGCGGUGGUCACCAGGUUCUGCCUGGGAAGCCUGAAUGGCUUGUUUGGAACAAUUCAAACCUUCGCAACCGAAAUUUGCAACAAAAAGUAUCGGAGCUUGGGACUGGCUGUGGUUAGCACUGCUUGGGGAUUCGGACUCGUCCUUGGACCGGCAAUCGGCGGCUUCUUAGCCGAGCCAGCUCUCAAGUAUCCGGAAUUGUUCCAAGGCUCUUUAUUCGACCGGUACCCGUACCUUCUUCCGCCACUGUGUGUUACAGUGUUUGCGCUGCUUGUGCUCGUCGCUUGCCACUUUCUACCAGAGACUUUGCACAUCCAUGCCAAGGAAGUUGCCAACACCCCUGAGAUCGAGAGCGGGGUAAUCAGCGAUGACUGCGAGAAGCGAUCCAUUUUCCAGAACAAGGCGCUCAUCGUCUCCAUCGCUCUUUUUUGCUUUGCUUCACUUCACGACAUUGCUUUCUUAGAGGUUUUCUCCCUUUGGGCUUUGAGCUCCAAGAGUACGGGAGGACUGUCUUUCACGAGCUCCGAUGCCGGAAGGGUUCUCACAGUCGCUGCUCUUGUCAUGCUGAUCUGUCAGCUAAGCUUCUUCCCUGUGGUCACCCGGCGCCUCGGACCAGCAAUGGUCACUCGGAUAGCAUCCGGACUUACGCUGCCACUUCUCGUCAUCUAUCCGUUUAUGUACGAGCUCACUGGAGCCUGGCUCUGGUUCGUGAUCUUGACAGUGUCAACUCUUAAGUACAUUUUCAUGGAAGCAACAGCGACAGGCCUGGCCAUCCUCGUCAACGUCUCAGUGAGGCAAGAGGAGCGUGGAACAGCGAAUGGAUUUUCGCUCAGCCUCUUGUCGCUUUUCAAAGCCAUUGGGCCGACAGCUGGAGGCACAGUGUUUGCUUGGUCGAGAAAGAGGCUGCACGCUCACUUUCUUCCAGGAAACGAGUUCGUCUUCUUCUUUCUCGGAGUUUGGAUGCUUAUAGUCUGCGUUGGAACGUUGCAUCGAUCGCUCCCACGCUCUGCAUUGAUCUGAUCUUACAUCACGCUGACGAGCAAAUUCUACGUUUUGUGUGUGUGUGUGUGCAAGGAGGCAAAACCUCCAGGAUAGCCAGUUAUGUAGUUACAAUGUGAAGUAUCAACCGAUAGAUGAGAUGACAAGAAUGUAUAAGUAUCGUACCCAGGAAUUAUAAAAUACGUACUUCCAGGUCU